AUGCGUCCAAUCAUCCCCUUCAUCGCUAUAGUCCAGAUCGCGGUAUUUGCCGCAUGGGUUCCUGCGCCACCCCUGCCUGCUUCGUUGCACACCAUCCGACACAAGCUCCACGAGAUCUCCAACAUCAAUCCCCACGGCGAUGAUGACACAACUGGAUCAUAUUCCUGGGGAGGAGACAAUAACAAUAGGCAAGCCAGUAUCCCAGAGAUGAACCAGCCAGUUGAGGACGGUCAAAACUAUGCCGACUGCGCGCCACAGCCCGAGGGACUUGGCCCGCGCCCGGAGCAAGUCAUCAGUAAAACCCAUCGAAAUUUCUUCAUUCUACUGACAUCGCUUAGAGGAGACACUCCUACCGCCUUUCGUUACUUUGAAGAAUUUUACCGGGCCUCGACCUCCGCACCGAACCCCAAAGGCUACGAAUUGGCUGUUCAGGGCUUGGAUGGCGCAAUGGAGAAUGACUUGGGCUUCCUUGGCAGCCAUCUUCUCGAGCAGUACGACACCGAAGAAUGUGCAAGAUUCUGCGACGACCUGCCCACCUGCGCCUCAUUCAACGUGUACUUCGAACGAGACCCCACCUAUGAGCCCAACACGACCGCCGGCUGCCCCAACCCGCCCUCGACCACAAAUAUCAUCUGCGUGCUUUGGAACUCUCGUCUCAACCCGGACGCAGCCAUCAAUUUCGGUGAGAUCCGCGAGGAGUUUCAGGUUGUAAUAACGGGGUCCAACCUUUACAACAAGAUCAAAGGGCCGCUAGAUCUUAGCGACAUGGGCUUCAGUGGGCCAUGGACAGACGUCGACAAUGAUGCAGCCUUCGAAGUCCCCGACGAGCCGACGGGCGACUACAGUACUCUUUUGAGGCAGCUGCCAAUGUACUACCGCUCCUACGAUGACGCCGCCACCCUUGACCAAUACGAUCCUACCCUCUGCGCCUAUCUUUGUUCAAACAUCACAAAUGAAGCAACACCUUCUUUCCCAUUCACCAACAACGCCUUCCCCGUCUGCAGCAUGUUUGUCGCGUACGAACUAAGAUACAAAUCUCCUAUAGCUAUGGUGUGCGAGUUAUACUCGUCUGUUUGGAGCAGUCGUUACCAGACUCUACGGGAAGUGAUCGCCUUCAGUGGCGAGGGUGAUGAAACAAUCACCCUGCAACCCACAAAGAUAUCGGUAUACCAACGAAACGACUACCAAUACCCACCCAUAUGCGCGAUGGACGACCAUUGCGGUACAGAUUACUAUGCUGGUGGCGACUGCUCUGGAUGGGGCCAAGGUUACUGUUAG